GUCGUGUCAACGCCCAGAUCUACUCUCUCUCCAUGAGACAGCUGUCAAACCUCCCUCAGUGUGUGUGUGUGUGUGGACUGACACAGAGCAGACAAUCCUGCUGUUAACCACUUCGUCUCAUUUAUCAAAAGCUCCGAUUACGUGAAACUAGCCCAGAGUGAGGCCUUCUACACACGUUUUGGAUGUGUGCUUUCUAAGAUAAGACGAAAUUUGGAAAUAACAAGCUGAAACCAUGUCUACCGGGGGGGACAGACAAUCUGUUCUGCGCACGACAAAGGUACGUGCUACACUGAAAGGAGACAACAGCUGGAUCCAACGCAAUCAGUCUGAACUAGAGGAGGAGGAAGAUGAAAAGCCAUGGCUUGCAGAGGUGCGUGCACGUCGGCUCGACAGCGAUGCCAGUGAGCCUGUAGCUGAUGACAAACCUCCUGAACGAGAACCUCUACCUUCACCAAGCCCCAACAGUCCUAAAACAUCUGGAUAUCUGAUAAGGGGUGUUUUCACAAAGACGGACACCAAACCUGCUUCAUCCACUAAUGGUUACAUUGGAACAUCUGGCUUCACCAAAAAGGCCUCUGAAGGAUACAAGAAAAUAGCUCCUCAUACUGUUCGCUCGAGCACGGGGAGAACAGAGCCGUCGGAGCCAUCACUCAGUGCUGAAGAACAGGAGAGGAGGAGCGAGACAGCCAGCAAAAUGCUGAACAGCUCAGCAUCAAGACAGAGAUCGUAUGUGCUCUCGGCUGCAAACAAAUUCGAGUCAUCUUCAGGGAACACCAGCUCUGCUUCGUCAUCCACAGCUUUUGUUGCUAAAAGGGUAGUUAUCGGUGACGAUGAAGACACCCUGGUGUCUCUUCCUAAUCAGAGUGUGGAAAUGAGCGUUGAUGAACCGAUGCCUCCAAAAUCCACAUCUGCAACAGCUGAAUUGAAACCAAAAGCCAAACCAGAGCCGACACCUAAACAAAGUGACACGCUCAGUGCUCUCUCGGACACCCUGCUGUCCACCUCAGGAUCCACCAGCAAGAAGCCAGUUGUUCAAGUCAAUUCUCCUGUUCCAGUGACAAAAAAACCUGAGGCCAAUCUUAAAACAAGCGUCAAGGAUACGAUCACUCAGUCCACUUCUGUUGCUCCAGUUGCUGCUUUAAAGAAAUCGCCAACAGCUGAACUCAAGCCAGAUACCACUCCUAAAGCAAGUGCCACUGAACCAGUCGCUCCAGCUGUAAAGGAAGUCCCACCCACAACGCCUGAACCCAAGCCCAAACCAGACGCCACUCCUAAACCAAGUAUCAACCCAAAGCCAGUUGAGAAGACCGGCGUCUUGAUUGAUACCGAUCUCCUGGAUCUGACUGAGAGCACUCCACAGAAGCUGGUGAACCCCGUCCCCACCACCACCGACCUGCUGUCAGGAGGCUCUCUACCCAAGACACCAAAGACUAAAGGAUCUCUGGACCUGCUUGCAGUCGAUAUCAUCCCCAUUGACACCAGUACUGACCAACUAAGCACUAAUAAAACAAAUACCAAAAUUGAGAUCACCCAGACUGUUGUGCAGACCAAGAAGGACGUAAAAAGCACUCAACAGAAUUUGGUGGACCCCAUCCCCACCACCACUGACCUGCUGACAGGAGGACUCAGGACAGACAAAACACAGAGCACAAUGGAGACGACGACAACGGUGACGACAAAGACAAAGACGGUCGAGAAGAGCUCUGCUGAUCCAUUCGAUCCGAUCCCGAUAGUGAGAGAGUCUACAAAGAGCUCUGUAGAGUACUUUGAUCCUCUUCUGUCCGACAGAAAUAACGGCCAACAGCAGACAGUUUCAGUCACAUUCGAGCAGAAGUCCUCUAAAACUAGCUCGCCGUGGGAGAAAUGGACGGUUCCCACUAUAGAUUCCGCAACAGAGGACAGUAAGCCCAUGCCAGACCCAGAACCAACCGAUGAUUACAAUGCCUACACCAGUAGUUACAAUACCUACACCAGAACAGAAGGAAACAGUUUCCCGGAGCUGGACACCGAAAUUAAAAAGAAUUUAGUCUAUGUCAAAUCAUAUGUGAAGUCAUCUGAUCUGCCCAGAUUCAGCACUAGCAGAUAUGACAAUGACUAUGAUUAUGUGACCUCAAGCUCCAGCAGUUAUGCAUACAGCAGCCCGUCCAGCACUGAGAGUAUGAGCGCCUGCAAAUAUUGUGGUCGUCUUGUAGGAAACGACUCCAAGAUCACCAUUGACCACCUCAACAUCUUGUGCCAUCCUGAAUGCUUCAAGUGUGGUAUCUGCACUAAGCCAAUGGGUGAUUUCAUCGACAGCAUGUUUUUGCACAAUGGGAUGGUCCACUGCGAGAGCUGUUAUUCUAAUGUUAUUUAAAGCGAGGUUGUAUUGACGUGCUUUCCGCUUCGCUACUCUGGUGAACGUUAGUAACCAAUGUAGAUCCUGAGACCAUUUUAAUUCCUGAGUUUUUUUUUUGUUGGUUUGACUCUAUCGGAAGUAGGUGCUGUUUGAAUUGGUUUACAUUCCCAAAACAGUUAUUCUUCUUCUAUGUCUUUUGCUUUCAUCCAAUUGUGAUAAGUGCCUUCGAAAUCAGCAUCAAGUGUGUUUGGUUGAGUGGGUUUUCACUUUUUCUACAAUUUUCUAGCCUUUUCAUCUUUUAAACGUGUUGUAUUAUGGAGGAAAAAAAAACACGGUUUCCUUUGCUGUGCAUUCUUCAGAGGAUGAAUAUACUUCUUAAAACUGUGAAUAAAUGUAGGGCUGUAAAAUGCCUGUUGUAUUUAUUCACCUUUUAGAUUUUGCCAUAAACCACAAAAGGUAUCAAGUUUACUGAGUAUAUCUCUUUAAUCGUUGUUCUUUACAAAGUGUAAAAAGAGAAAAUAAAUAAAUAUUAUAUAGAA